AUGAGUGAUGAGACUGAAUCCAUAGUUGAAGAUGAAUAUAUCACCAUCGAUAAUGCCGGUUAUGUGGUACUGGCCGAAGGCGAAGAAUUGGACGAUGAUUCAUCACAAAUCAUUGUACUGGGCGAUGCAGAUGGCCACGAAAUUGUCGAAGAAAAUGGUGAUAACAUUAUGAUUGGUGAAGACGGACAAAUGAUGUUUGUCGAAGAGGUCCAUGAAGAUGAUAUGGAUGAACAUGAUCACGAAUUGGACGGUGGUGUUCAGUUGGAUGUGUAUCAACAUGAAGAAGUGGUGGAGGUAGAUAACAAGACACCAGCCCAGCAAUAUUUACAAUGGUCGGAACUGGAAAAGAAACGAAAACGUUUGAAUGUCCCGAAGGUGCCAAGGAAAUUCCUGCUAUUCGAUGGUAUUUGUGCAGAAAUUGUGGACUAUGAUGAGGAGGAUGGUGCACCAAUUGUUGAGUUUUCGGUGGUGUCCGAUGACAAGGAGGCUGAUAAAUUGCCUGUCGAAUGUGGUGUCUGUCCGGAUAUAAUGCAUAAAUCGAAGUUGGAUGCCCAUUUGAAGACCCAUCUGAAGCCUGGAACGAAACGCUAUAAAUGCAUUUACUGUGAUGAUGAUUUUGUGACGAGGGCAUAUGCGGCUGGUCACUCGAGGCGGCAUAUGGGCAUACGGCCAUAUGUCUGUGCCCCAUGCAAAAUGUACUACUGUACCAAACAAGACCUGAAGGUGCACGAGCAGCGGCGCCACUUGGCCAAAGAGCACAUCUGCGAACAUUGCGGCAAGACAUUUGCCCAGAACACUUCGCUGCGGCACCAUCGUCGGCUGGUGCACGAACAGCAGCGUAACUACGAAUGUGAACACUGCGGCAAGAAGUUCCUGCGAAAAUUCUCCAUGAAUGAACAUGUACGAAAUGUUCAUUACGGGGAUAGGCGGCUGUUGGAUUGUCCAUUCUGUGAUAUGCGUUUUAAGGAUACCCAUAAAUUGGCCCAACAUCGCAAGGAGAUGCAUCUGAACCAAAGUAAAUUCGAAUGUCGUGUUUGUGGUCUGGAAUUCAAUCAUAUCGAUUUCUUUGAUGCCCAUCGAAGAUCAUUGCAGUGUCGCAAGAAAUUAGGGCGCCAAUUGUUCCAAGACAAGACGGAUGAACAACAGCAGGCGGAAUUGUUGCAACAACAGGAGCAGCAGCUUCUUCAGCAACAACAGCAGCAGCAACAAUUACAUGAGGUUGUAACCGGCGGCGAUCAUUAUGAAUAUGAGGAAAGCCAAUCAGCUUUGUAUCAGGAUCAUCAUGAUCAGCAGUUGCAACACCAUCAAAUUACCCACUUUAAACAGGAACAAUUGGAACAACAAGAAGUUGUAGUCGAAGAAAUGACCCAUGAUAUGCAUAAUGAAAUUGUCACCUCCGAUGGUGGUGGUGGUGGCGGCGGUGUUGCUUCUGCUGAUUUACAGCCUUUGACUGCUACCGGGCUGGGAGUUGAUGAACAUGAAAAAGUAAAAGCCGAACAGCAAUUACUAUAUGAAAUUGAGGCAAUGGACAAUGCAUAG